GUGCAGGGAAUGCAUUGGAAAAGGGAACUGUCUGCUUGCCAUGAUGAAGGUCUAUCUUGUUUUCUUGUGCCUUCUGCCCUCUCUGAUUUCUGGAGCCAGCAUCCUGCCUGAACCCAGAAAGAAUGUUCGUGCUUCUGCUACAAAUGCUGAAAUUCAGAGUCUGGCUGAGCAGUUCUAUGCAGCUGAUACCAACAAGGCUGCAAGCGGGGACAUUAACCUGAAUCUGCAAUAUAAAGCCACCAGCUCCCAGAGUACCUCAGGAACGGACUAUGCCAGUCAAAAGUUAUUCAGUUAUGUGAAUGAAGCCAAACUGUUUGCUCGGCCAACCUUUGCCAAGCUUGUGGCUUUGCUUGAUAAUUAUGUCCAGAUAACUGGUACUGCAGAAUCUGUGCCCACGGCUGAAGUACAAGAGCAAAAUGCUUUUAUCGAUGAGAUAUUCAAAACCUCAAUCAUCACUAAACUAUCUAACUUCUUCAUCUCUAAAGGGUAUUACAGCACAGCUGCCAGCUUUAAGACUGAUCUCAAAGAGAUGUGGUUUGGUCUGUACACCCGUACCAGUGGCCCCUUGGACUCUUCUGGCUUUGAGCAUGUUUUCCAUGGUGAAAUCCACAAGGGUAAGAUAUCAGGUCUUCACAGCUGGGUACAGCUCUAUCUGCUGGAGAAGUCUGGCCAAGUCAACUAUUUGAGCUAUACCUCUGAUGGAGUAUGGACUGGUUAUCCAGAUGUUUAUGCUUUCCAACUGAAAUGGAAUACUUACCUGAAAACCAUUGGAUCUUUCUUUGUUGGUUCCAGCCCUGAGUUUGAUAUUGCUAUGUACACUCUAUGCUAUGUAACCCGCCCUGAUAGCCUGUGCACAGUCCAGAUGGGUGGCUCCACUUUCCAAAUUCAAACCUACACUUGGGCCAACUCUACCUAUGGAAAUGGAAAGAGAUACGUGGCUUCUUCUUACCCCAAUAUUUAGACAUAAUGAUCUGAUUUAAUUGUGCAAUUAAAGCUGCAGCUAUGGAAAGCA